GGCGACGCCGCUGGGCUGAGUGGGAAGACUACAGUCGAGUGAAGUCCCGGCUUGAAAACGCCGGGAGGGGAGGGGGACUCCCGGGAGCGUGCUUGGCUGCCGGCAGCUGGAAGCUCAGCCCUUCUUCUCCCCGGUGGCUCCUCCACAACUCCUGCUGCUUGGAGGGCGGAGUCUCCAACGAGGGUGGCUCACACCCCAGCAGUUCCCGCAGCCGUGCUCCUGAGUCCUGGGCGGGAUGGAGAGAGGAAGCGCCCGCGGACGACAGUCUCCUUGCUGAGAGAACGGGGAGAAUGCCAAGAGUCCCAAGCGAAGGCCCCCUUGGAAGCAUCAAUGAGCAGCAUGUGGAAGAGAACCAGCAGCUAAGACUGAGGCCCGGGGAGGCGGCAGCUCCUGGGAAUGCUCUCUGGAACGGCUGCCAGGUUGGAGGCAUCCGAGGCUGCUGAGGGCCGUCUGCUCGCUGGCUGAAGCGAUCCACGGGGGAACUUCAAGCCGUGCCCUGGGAAGAAGGUGGGGCCAUGCGCACUUCUCGCCGCCGUGCUGUAGCUUCCUCGCCCUGGGAAGGGGGCUGCUUGGCAGUUGUUGCUUGGAACCGGUUGGCAGUUUGCAGAGACCUGCCCCUGUGUGCAGCCGGCCUCUGAGACUUCGCUCUGUGCCAAGAAGAGGCACCGGGCGCAGCGCUAUCUGUGUAAUGAGCCUUAAUUGCCGCGUUCUGAGGGCUCCUGGGAAACCGGCCCUGCGCACCCUGCUCUGGAGGUUCUGAGUGGCUGGCAGAGGGUUGCGCCAGCUAGGAGGGAAGCUGGGGUGCCGAUUGGCGUGGCUUUUCCUUGGGAACCAGCCUUGCCUGCCACUCUGAGCCUUGGAAGACGGGUCUCCAUCACUGGGCCCCCCAGACUGCAAAGCAGACCCGGUGGUGGGAGUGCCUCCCGUCGGACCCCUUGCUGGGGGCUGCCAGGAGCCUCGGCCUGGCACGUUCCGUUCCCUUUGCUCCUCCUCUUUGCCUGGAUGUUUGCUGGAGAAGCGGAGGGUUCCUGUCCCCAGUGGACAAACCUGCUGGUGGUUUGCAAUGUGUUUUCCUUGGCUGAGGUUUCCCACUCCGGACCCCUCCUUGGCUGAGUUUCUUCGCUCUGAGACGUCAGGUGGACCCGUUUGUGACUCACGUCAGAGAGGGACUAUGGGGGGUUCCCCUUCUUUCCCAGAGGGGGUGCUGCCGCCUGAGCAAACAGCCCCGAGGGAGCAGUAGGGAGAUCCUGGUGGGGAAGCCGGGGUCCCUCCGUCCUUGCCCCUCCAGCUCUCUUUCGAGCCCUUCCGGGAACCCCUGACUGAGAAGGAGGUGGCCGCCUGGCCUUGCCCAGCCAUGGCCGACCACCCGGAGCUGCUGGCUGAGAUGUCGGCGGUGGGCCAGAUGGGCACGCAGGAGCGGCUGAAGCACGCCCAGAAGCGUCGCGCCCAGCAGCUGAAGAAGUGGGCACAGUUCGAGAAGGAGGUGCUGGGCAGGAAGGCCAGAGCGGACAAGAAGAAAAAACCGGGGGGACGCAAGGAGAGGCACGUGCUGUUCCCCGACAACAUCCGCCUUUUGGAGGCCGCCUGCCGCAACGACGUGGAGGAAGUUCGGCAUCUCCUCUUGAGCGGCGUCGACCCCAACCUGUGCAAUGAAGACGGCCUCACUGCGCUACACCAGUGCUGCAUCGAUGACUUUGGGGACAUUGCUGAGCUGCUGCUGGAGGCUGGCGCUGACGUCAACACCUGUGACAGCGAGCUCUGGACCCCGCUGCAUGCUGCCGCCACCUGUGGGCACCUGCAUUUGGUGGAGCUCCUCAUUGAAAAAGGUGCCAACCUGCUCGCUGUCAAUUCCGAUGGGAACAUGCCCUACGACCUCUGUGAGGAUGAGAUGACGCUGGACUACAUCGAGACCACCAUGGCUGACCAAGGUAUAACGCAGGAGACCAUCGAGGAGGCCCGCUCGGCGGUGGAGCGGGCCAUGGUGGACGAUAUCCGCCGGCUGCUGAAGGAGGGGGUCGAUCUGAACACACCGCUGGACCACAGAGCGACUCUGCUGCACAUUGCCUCUGCCAACGGCUACCUGGAGGCUGCCGAGUUGCUGCUCGAACACAAAGCCAGCAUGAGCGUCCAGGACAGCGAUGGGUGGCAGCCCCUCCAUGCGGCUGCUUGCUGGGGCCAGGUCCAUCUGGUGGAGCUGCUGGUGGCCCACGGAGCAGAUCUCAACGGGAAGUCGGUGCUGGAUGAGACCCCGCUGGAUGUCUGCGCAGACGAAGAGGUGCGCGCCAAACUCCUGGAGCUGAAGCACAAGCAUGACGCCAUCAUGAAAUCGCACGACAAGCACAAGUCUCUUCUCCAGCGCCGCACCUCUAGUGCAGGAAGCCGGGGGAAAGUGGUGCGGCGGGUGAGUGUGACGGAGCGCACCAACCUCUACCGCAAGGAGCACGAGAAGGAAGCCAUCGUCUGGCAACGGAUGGAGCAGCGAGAGAGCGAAGGGGAGGGGGAGGACGAGGACCGCCAGACGGAUGCCGAGCUCCAGCGGCCCGUUCCUGUGAGCCAGAUCCAGCAGGAUCCUGUGGUGGAGGCCGCGGGGCCGGGAGGCUCCCCAGGGCAGGAGGCGGCGCCCCAGCGCAACGGCACAGCCCACCCCAAGCACUUGUACUCCAAGCGGCUGGACCGCAGCGUCUCGUACCAGCUGGCCACCCAGGAGGAGCUCAGCACGGAGAAGGCCCACCACACCCUGGCUGACCUGAAGCGCCAACGGGCGGCCGCCAAGCUGCAGAGACUCCAGGCCGAGGACUUUUCGGCCAGCCCGGGGGAGGCCCCCAACUCUGUGUACUACACGGCAGCCAGCGGGGAGCCCGGCCUGCUCAAGCUGACGGCCCCUGCGGAGGAGAACCCCGUGGAGAAGAAGCGCUGCUGCACCGUGAUGUGAGCCAGAGAGGCCUCCCUGCCAAGCUGUGAAUGCCCAGCUGGGACAGGGCCUUUGCUCCGCCCGGGGGCAGGGGCCUUUGGUGUCACCAGCCCCCUCCUCUUCCAGAGCAGACCCACAGGGAGGGGAGCCGGUGCUCGGGCGGAACACAAGCUCACCACAGUGUCUUUUGCUGCAGGCCCAGAAACGUGCCUUUCCAGACUCCCAUUCCCAGCCUGCCGCCCUCCUUUGGGAGCUGUCGGCUCAGCGGGUCGUGUCUCUGUGCGAGGGGGCGGCCGCUCUUCGGCUGCGUGCUGGCUCCCCAGCAGAGCCAUUGUCCAGUUACCCUUGCAGGCUUCGAGGAUCUCAGGGAAGGACCGGGCAGGGGUGCUGCACUGGCAGGCCGGCCUGCCCUGUGGGGUUGGCGUUGCCUUCCAGCCCCUGCUUCAGGCUGGGGGUGGGUGGGGCUACCCAGGAAGGAUGCCCGGUUGCGUGGCGGAGGGCAGGGUUGAGGGCAAAAUUAUUCUCUGUAGCCUGUGAUGGAAGUCGAGCGCUGCCAACCGGCUCUGCUCCCUGGCAUCGUUUGGGGUGAGCUGGCGGCACCGGCUGUGUUUUCUCAGGUUUGAUUUGUGGGUGUCCCUCUUUGCUUCUUCCCUGCUCCCCCCACGCCCCUCCCUAGACACGGGUGAGCUGCUCUGGCGCAGUGCGGAGCAAACUGCCUCUCCCUCCAAAGAGCAGGCCUCACCCACCUUCUAUUCUCCAGAGAGAGGCUUGCUGGGAAGCAAAGGUGGGGCGAAGAUUUUUCCCCUCUCUCUGCUCGAAAGUGGGUCCCUCGUGGGGCUUAGCCCUGGAACAGCCGGGCUGUGCAUUUCUGCGGUGGCUUUUCAGGGGACCAGCAGUGGAGAGGGCAGAGAUAGUCUGUAAUUCAGCCGCAGCAGUUGGCCUCCGUGGGCCAAAUAGCCCAGUUUUGUCUCGUGCGUCUGGGGCUGCCCACUGGAGCUCUCUAGCUUGGAGGGGCAGCUGCGACCCUCCCCAUUACCUCUAGGGCCGUGUCGCUCUGGACCACAUGAUGGUGGCCUUAAUGGGCAGCCCACAGCUGUCCACUGUGCAGGGAGCCACCCAGGAGUAUCCCUCGUGGCUGUGAUUGACACCCCCGCCUCCAAAGAGGCUUGCCUGGGACGUGGACUCGGCGAAGUCCAGCAGUUUUGUGCUCCGAGGCUAGUCCUCUGUUUCCAGCUGUUUGCGGCCUCCCUUGAGGGCAAGCCGUUCCAGAUGUUCUCUUCCUGGAGGCAGGAGAUGGACUCUUUCCCGCAAAGCAUUCCUGUUCUGAUCAUGUGAAAAUGGCCUCGUUGUAUGGGAUUCCCCCGACCCAAUUGAGAAUUUUCUCUCCCCCCACCCCCGCCUGCCAGUGGUUUUGCACACUGAAUUUUCUAUUCUCUUUUGCAUAACCUUUUUCUUAACAUGUUGUCAGUGUUGUUUUCUAAACUCUCGUUUCUCGUCCUGAGACUUCGUUGUCGUUGAUAAGGCAAUAAAUUGAACGGCGUCCCCACCACGUCCCUCCCACCUGCGCGCUGCAGAAAAUGGGGGAGGGGGCAGUAAACUCCCAUCUAGUCAGGACCAAAGUAAGCAUUUCUUCCCCCCCCCCACCUUCUCACACAUUCCAAGACCUCAGCAGAAUUGAGGGGUGGGGGUGGGGGGCGUAACCCUUCUGGGUCAUGGGUGGGGCCGGUCUUCUCUCCCUCCAGUUUAGACGACAUGAAGGAAAAUGCGGAGGCAGGGCUCGUGGCUGCCUCCGUGCUGGGUGCCCCUCCCUCUUUCCCCUGUUGCCCCUUCCUCUUAACGAAACGAGGGCUUCCACGGGGCACCCCCCAGGCCCACUGGCUUCCCUCUUGGAGAGGAAGGCAGGAGCCAGACCCAAUCAGCAGCGCCUGUCUUCCCAGGAUCCUCUCUGAUGGGAGGUUGUGGCUUGUGCGGCCCGAAGGUCCACAGCUCCGGCAGAGGGGACAAGACCCUCCCCCCAAAAGCAACUCCCUUGGAGGAGAAAUAAUGGGAGGAUACCCCAGCCCCUCCUGCCUGUGGCCAUGGGCUCCUUUUCCAGGAGAGCCCUCCAUGCCCCAUGGGAAAUUUGGCCCCUGGGAGCUGAGCUUUCCCCUGCCUAGGCAGGGGCACUCCCCAUUCCUGCAUGUUGUGGCUGCAUGAAGCAGCUUCGCCCAAAACACCGGUCCCUGAUGCUCCACACCUGAGCAUGGCAGGGCUGCUCCCGAAAUCCUUUCCCUCGAGAUCCUUUAACUGGAGGCAGCAGGAACCGAACCCAAACCCUCCUGCCUGGCAUUGUUGGGAAUCUCAGCGCACCUGUGGUUUUUGGGAGACUAGGUGCUCCCCCUCCACGUUGCCCACGCUACAACGGAUGCAGGACCCCAGCCUCUUUUGGUGGCAGGAGGCAGCUGAACCGUGGAUAAGUGAACCCCCAGAGCUCCAGGUCACCAGAUGAGAGUCCGCCGCUCAGGUGGAGGAGGGGGGAAUCGAAUGCGGUUCUCCGGAUUAGAGUCCACCUGCUCUUAACCACCACACCACGCUGGCUGCGAGGAAGGCUGGGUAACAGGCAGGCAGGUAGACCUGGCCUUCAGGCUCAGUCCUCUAGGGAGAUUCUCCUGCACGGAAAUGCAAGAGCCGGGGCGGCGGCAGCAGCAUCUUGCAGCCCCCCCCCCCCCAAAUUUCUUAGGGCAGGAGCUUUCGAGAGUCCAGCGUAUCUGACCAAGGGAGCUUCGUCUCUGGGGCGCUCCUGGAUUCGGAUCACGCUCUUCUGCUGCAGACCAACAUGGCUGACCCCCUGCAACCUAGAGCCAGGGCAGGCACAAGGUUACCAACCUCCGGGUAGUCCCUGGAGAUCUGCUACUACAGUUGAUCUCCAACCGACCGAGAUCAGUUGCCUUAAAGACAGUGCCUGCUUUUGAUGGGUGGAUUCCACGGUGGGUGGAUUCCAUACCCUGCAAAGGUCCCUCCCAAAUUCCAGGUCUGCCCCCCCCCAAGACCAGAUCUGCCCCCCCCCCCAAAUCUGCCAGUAUUUCCCAGGCCAGAGAUGGCAACCCCAGCAGGCGCUCAGCUGCUUGCGAGGCCGAUGCAAAAGGAGAGCUUUCCGGCAGAUGGCGCGUCAUGCGGGUUGUCCUUAAAUCUCGGGCCGCCCCAGCUGCUGGCUGCCCCCAGCACGGGGCUGCCUCUCCCCUGGGGCUGCCGUUCAGGGGGUGUCUCAUGGACUCUUUUCUACCAAUAAAAGUGUUCUUGUAAAA